AUGGAAGCCAAAGCUCUCCAAACGGAGUUAAGCAUAGAUAAAUGCAGCACUAGAGAGGAUGCUCUAAAAGUUGCUAUCGCAGCUAUUGAGUUGUACAUGAAGUUAUCGAAGCAGGUAACUGGGGAUGCAGAAAAGGCAAGGAUCAAGCGCAAGUGCAAGGCAUUGAUGGUGAAGGCAGAAGAGAUCAAGAAGUCAUCUACUUGGCCUUUGAAGCCAUCUGCCAUUUUCUCGGACGCCCCAGUGUCCGACCGAACUUUAAGUAAACAUGAAGAAAUCAUUUUACUGGAGGGAUCGAAACUACAUGGAUUCAUUUUCCCACGUUGGACCUCUGAGCCUGAUGAUACAAUAUUUGAAACAUCCUCAUAUACAGAUCCCUCGGAGCUAAAACUUUCCGAGGCUCAAAUUGAAACCUUUGCAGGCUGGAAGAGGCCUCACGAGAGGGAUGAUACCCCUUUCCAAAGGUCUCAAGACGUGGAAGACGCUUUGAUGAAUGCGUCUAAAGACAUUGACCUUGUCCAGGACAUAACUACGGAUUGUUCAGUCGUAGCGAGUCUCUGUGCAGCGACGGCACGUGCUGGAAAGGGUCACAGCAAGGUACUGGCUACUAUUCUGCGUCCAUUCGAUGUAAAGGAUCAGAGGCCGAGGUCAUCAAAAAAUGGAAAAUAUAUUCUGCGUCUUCAAUUCAAUGGUUGCUAUAGAAGAGUAACAAUAGACGAUCGACUGCCGGCUUCAAACUCGGCACGGAAUCUUCAUGUUGUCGAUAGAAACAAUCCCGUGUUACUAUGGCCUGCAUUGGUAGAAAAAGCAUACCUGAAAGUCCGAGGCGGCUAUGACUUUCCAGGCUCGAACUCUGGCACAGAUUUAUGGAUAAUGACUGGAUGGAUCCCCGAGCAAAUAUUUUUACAGAGGUACUACUAUACACGCUUUUCUGAAUUUGACGAGAUUCAAUCUGAGUUGCUGUGGAAACGUAUCUUCAAGUCUUUUGAGUUCGGUGAUGUCAUGAUUACGUUGGGAACUGGAAAGCUGAGCAGAAAAGAGGAGGCUGAUUUGGGCCUGGUUGGUGAGCAUGACUACGCGAUUCUAGACAUGAGAGAACCUGGAUCUCAACGAUUAUUACUUGUCAAAAAUCCUUGGUGCGAUGGCAUGGCUUGGAAAGGACCCAGACGCAGACCAGCCGGGGAAGAAUCAGAAGGGAAUACUUGGACAGAGGGCCUCCGGGAGUCACUCGAGGAGACUGCGGCUCAGAACAACUCUACAAAACCAGAAGAACACGAUAUUGCUCAAGGUUCAAGCACGCAAGGCAUCGCGUCAAGUUCGCUCGGCUUCAUCAGUCUCUACGUCUUUGACGCCUCCGGCCACCGCGUCUACUUAAGCGAUGGCGCUCUGCACCGCGGCGCCUACGUUGAUUCUCCCCAAACUCUUGCUCGUUUCGAACUUCCCGCAAACACGCCUUACACUGUCGUAGCCGCCCAACAGAAUCUCCCACUACCAAAAUACUCCUUUUCAUUUUCUUUCUUCUCCCGCUUUCCUCUCAACAUCCAUUCCGCCCCCGACAGCUUCACCUUCAGCACUUCCAACAACGGUUCCUGGACCACCCGCACAGCAGGCGGCAACGCCAGCUCACCCUCCUACCCUUCGAACCCUCAAUUCAGCAUUUCCGUCCAAGAACCGACAGACAUGAUGCUCGUGCUCGAGGCCGACAGAGAAGACAUCGCCGUCCACGUAACCAUGAUAUGGGCCAACGGCGAACGCGUCACCGUAAUAAACUCCCGCGACAUAGUCGGCGGAUCUGGCGACUAUCGACGCGGCUGCGCCCUCGCCGAACUACGCAACGUCGCCGCGGGAAAAUACACAAUCGUAUGCUCCACCUUCCAAGCCGGCGAGACGGGAAACUUCAUCCUCCGCGUCAAAUCGUCCCAUCGCUGUGAGAUCCAGCCCGUCCUCGCCGAAACAGCCGGUCGUCUCGUAACGAGACUACCAACCCUCAUUUUCCAAGAAGGCAUCGACAGAAUGCUAGCACCGGUAACCGUCACCCGUCUAACACGUCUAAGAUUCGUCGCGAGAGCAGGAAAUAGCGUCAAUCGACCUAUCCCAUCCAAAUCCCGACCAGGUCUACGAUUAAGCAUCGAACAAGGUCAAGGACCUAAUAAAACCCUCCUCGAAUCUUCAUGCGAUGGAGAAUUCAGCGAUGCCCCUGCGGGCAUCCGUACUUCGGAUCGAGAUAUCUCCCCGGAUAUGAUGCUGAAGGGUGGGAUUUGGGUAGUGGUUGAGCGGUUGGGUGGAAGAUUAGGUUAUGAUGAUAUUUCCGUGGAAGCGUUGAGUGAUUCUCAUGUUUCUAUUGGGGUAUGGGGGACAGGUGAUGGUUAA